CCGUUCUGCCACUUUCAGGGAUGGCAGAACCCGUUGGGCAGCUUCGAGCAGUCUCUGCCUCCUUUCUGCUCCUGGCCCCGGGAAUUGAAAACCAGUCUAGCGGGUUUGGCCAAAAUUAUGUCUUGUUCCCAAGCAAGUUCAGCGCCGGCUUCUAUCUCGCAGGCGGGAGGCUCCAAAUCGGAACCGAGGGGAGGGCCACGGACGUCGAUGCGGCCGAGGGGCCGGGCUGGAACCCGAGGGGCGGUCGAGGCCGGGGGCCUGUCCCUGCACCUGGAGCACAGAGGGGCCUGGGCCAGGGCUGUGGGGAGCCAUGGAGAGCUUCGUGGAGUCACUCAACAGGCUGAAAGACAUCCACGAGAACGAGGUCAUGGGCCUGCAGAACAAGCUUCUGGAACUGAACUCAGAGAGGUGCCGGGACGCCCAGAGGGUGGAGGAGCUGUGUGCCAAGAACCAUCAGCUCCGGGAGCAGCAGAAGGCUCUGAAGGAGAACCUGCGUGCGCUGGAGAACAGGCUGCGGGCUGGCCUGUGUGACCGCUGCAUGGUCACCCAGGAGCUGGCCAGGAAGAAGCAGCAGGAGUUCGAGAGCGCCCUCCUCCAGAACCUGCAGCACGUCUUCCUCCUCACCAAUGAGCUGACCCGGCUGCAGGAGGAGAACGACACUUUGAAAGAGGAGGUGAAGCGGCUUCGGGGUCCAGGGCCCAAGCCCCCGCUCAGGGAGGGCUCCUCGGACCCCCCAUCACCCCGGCUGCCCCCCUCCCUGGGCGCCCAGAAGGCCAUCACGGAGAAGCCGCUGGGAGGCCACGAGGAGAGAGAGGACGACCACCCAGAAAGGCCGGUGGGGUACAGGACGUCUCCCGUGGCCAAAAUCUCCCCGGGGGCCAACCUGCCCGAGCCCCGGGCCCCGGACAUGAGCCCCCAACACAUCUCCAACCAGCUGCAUGGGACCAUCGCCGUGUUGCGGCCGGGGUCCCGGGCCUGCUCCGCCAACCGAGGCUCGGCCAAUGGAACGCCCCCGCUGCCGCCCCCCAGGAGCAGCCCACCCAGCCCACCUUGCGGGCACAGCCUCCCUCUGGACAGCUUCCUGCAGCCCUCACAGCCCGCGGCCAAGACCUGUGAGUCCCUGAAGCAUCCCCUCCCGGCUGAGCGCCUCUGCCUCCUGAACCGCCACCUGGCCCUGCACCUUCGGAGCCCCUACUGCAGUCCCCGGGCCUCCGCCACAGCCCCCAGUGGUCCCCAGCCCCAGGGCCUGAAGGCUGGGGAGACCGAGGCCUGGGAGGAGCCAGCGGGCCUGCUGGGCCUGCCGGGCACCCUGGCAGGCGUGCGGGAUUCGCAGCUGGAAGGGGCGCUGCACCUGCUCCUGGCCCAGCAGCUGCGGGCACGGGGGCGGAUGCGUGGGCCCAGGAUGAGGGGCCAGCCAGCGCCGGGGGAGCCGCCACCCUCUCCGCCUGCCAGCUUCAACUCCGAGGGACCCGAGGGCGAGGCGGCCGGGACAGCAUUGCCCAGAGGGCGGCACCCACAGCCCACAGCCCCGGGCAGCCCCAGCGGGAAGGAGGCCACAGCCACACAAGACGGUGCCCCAGACAAGCCCCUGGACCUCUCAGAGCGGGGCCGGGGCCGGGACAGCACCCCCAAGCCUGCCAGCCUGUUGGGGUCCCUCAGCCCCCCGAUUGCCCACACUCCCAGCCCCAAGCCGCCCCAGGGAGCAGAGGCACCUGGUCAGCCUGGAGCCCAAGGACUCAGCAAUGGCACCAAGGGGGCCAGAGAGCCGGAGUCGGAAGGGCCUCCAACCCCGGCGGAUCCCCCACGUUGUCUCCCAGGGCCCCACCCCAGCCUGCCCUCUCCCAGUGGCACAGAUGAGGACAGAGGGCGCCCCAAACCGCCCCCCCGCUCGCAGAGGCCAGAGGGAGAUGGCUGUCCAGAGCUCAAAGCCGACGUGCAGCAGCUGGAGUCGGAUGAGCUGGACGCGUCGGACGCCUCCGACAGUGAGGUGGGCCUGGACUUGGAGGCGGGGGCCACGCGGAGCGCCCCGGGGGAGGGGCCCAGCUGCUUCUGCGCCAAGGAGCGUGGCCGGGGCCUGCAGCAGAAGAGGAAGAGGGCCUCGGACCCGGACCCGUGGAGCAAAGCCUCCAAGAAGCCGUCCUGAGGAAGGAGUCCGGGGAGCCAGCCCCUCAGCCAGCAGCUGGGAAGAGACCCGGGGCACCACAGCCCUCCCCAAAGUGUCCCUACCUGACCGCCCGCAGCCAAGACAGCCCACACCACCAGCCCAGCAGAGCAGAGAGGACUGGGCCCCAGCCCACAUCCAGAGACUGGGAAGCCAAGACGGCUGGCCUUUGGACCCCCUCUAUCUGAGACAUGUGCCCGCAACCCCCUUCCCAAUAUCUGUCCCCUUGGGGGAAGCAGGAGCCAGAGAGGCCCAGAUGGCUCGGCCUCCAGCCCAGCCCCACCCCCACCCCUGCUGGGCACAGGCAGCCCUUCCUGGGCAGCAGCCCCUCCUCUGACCUACCCAGAUUCCACAGCACCCCUGAGCCUGGGGCUGAGCGCCUAGCUGCCCAAUCCUCAAGGGGUGGAGCUCAGAGCGGCGGUCUGGGGCGCCCCCUUGUGGAGUCCCACAAACAGGUGCUGGGCGGUGAGGGUGCAGGAAGCCCAACAGGCGGCAGUGCAGCACCCUGGCAGAGAGGGGUCCCAGGGCACCGAGACCUGAAGUCUGAAGAAGGAUGGCGUGUGCAGCUGGCAAGGUCGGGGGUCAGCUGAGCAUGCACCUGCCAGGGCAGGUGACUCAUGAGGCUCUUGAGUGCGUCCAGGGAUGGGGGGCGGGGGUCACUGCCUUUCUGAAGGGCAGGAUCCAAACCAGCCCCACUCACAGAGCACUGCAGGGACCAGGGUACCCUCUGGGGAGGACUGCAGGAACAGAACAGCCCCCUCCUCACCGACACCUCUGAGUCCUGGCUCCACGCCCACGCUGACCUGUCGGCCACCUGCACGGCCACAGGGCAGCUCAGCCAGGCUUCCACUCUCAGCACUGGGAAAUAUUCUGCCAUUGUCACUGUAGGAGGGGGUCUCAGAGCGCCUCCAUGGAGGGGGGAGUCGCUUAAAUAGGUUCCUGGGUCCAACCCCAGACUCACUGAACCAGGAACCGCAGGCGCCUGGGAAUCUGAGUUUUAAGAAGCUCCCCAGGCAGUGCCCCUGCACGUGAGGUUUGAGAACUGGCCCUUCCAAGGCCAAGGCAGGACACAGGUCAAUGCCUAGGCUGGGUGAAGCCUGGGGCAAACUGGGGGCACCGGCCUGAGUAAUGGGGGCACGGCUGCCACCUUGCUCACUGUGGCCUGUCUGCCUGUCUGAGAGGCCAGAAGGACUAAAUUCCCAAGAGAGACAUCCAGGCGCCCUGCCCCUGUGAGCACAGGCGCAUGUAUACGCCGUGUCCCACUGUUAAGAGCUGUGAAAGGCUGCUUUGAUUUCUCUGCAAUAAAACAAAACCUGUGUGCUCCAUUCACAUCCGACUAGUAGACCAGGUUUGGCCCGUGGGCACCCAUCUCCAGGAGCCUGGGGAGAGAGAGGGCACCAGAACCUGGACGAUCCGGUUCCUCCCCCACCCCCGUCCCUGCAGCACCCCCAACACAGUGCAGCUGGCAGGGGACAGAUCCUGAGCAGACGGCAUGGUUUUGGAGCUGAGGGGCAGUAACACGGUCCAUGUCCCCUAUGUUUUCCUCAUUUGGUAUCAAGUUAACUAAGAGCUACCAGUGGGUCAGCCCCCACCUGCCAGGUGCUCCUGCUAGUAAGAGCUGGCCAGCAGAGCCAGGCCCUGGGGCCCUAAUGGAUGUUGAUUCCAGCCUCCUCCUGCAAACAGGAGCUCCACCCCCACUCCCAGCACCUGCUCAGAAGAGAGAAGUGUUGAGUGCUGCCUGCAGUUCCAUGCAGGAGCAUCCACGGAGAGGCUGGGCAAACCCCACCAAGUACCCCAUCUCCAGGCGCCCCUGUCAACCCCCACAGCAUCCUGCAGUCGGAAUCACUGUGCCUACCUGAAGGAAAAGUAAGCCCACAGGCAGAAAGGUGGACAGAGCAAGCCAGUGACACAGAGGUGGCUGCGGGACCCUGCUUCCCUCCCCCCACCCCCCAAGACACAAGGGAGUUCCUGGAGGUUCCAGAAGGCAACACCUGAAGCAGGAAGCCACAGGCUCUGAAGUCAGGGGUCCUGGGUACAGAGGAGGAAACAGGCCGGCCCUCCUCCCCACACUCAAGGUCGCCUAGAUGCCGAGGGAGGUGCAGGAUUCUGCCUGGGGCUGAAGGCCCCGCCCUGGCCCCGCCCGCCUGCCACCCAGGCAGGUGCCUUCUCCCCUCAGACCCGCGGUCUCGUCUUCCGUCAAUGAGGGGGGCCCGGUGGUACCGCGGGCCAUUCCUGGGGCUCCUCGAGGGGCGACCUAGACCCCAGACGGCGGGUGGCACAGCUCCAGCCCCUGCAACCCAGCCUCCGCCCCCGCAAAGAUACACCCGGAGAGGGAAAGUCCGUUGGAGCCUAAAGACGAGGCUCGAGGGAGGCCGCUAACGUCACAACCCGGCAAGGGGAACCGGGCACUGCCACCCCGAAGCCGUGGCUGCCGAGGCGGGGAGGCGAACGUGCCGCCUCGCCGCUGCGAGGCUCCGAGCCAGACCUCGCGGGACCGGUCGGCGGGCAGACGUUCCGCUCCCGGCUCCCAGGAGCUUCA